AUGGAGGCUAGUAAAGAGGAAAUAGGUAGUUCUGGGGUAACAGUGAAAGGUGAUGAAGGGAGUCAGGGUUUCUGUUUGGCAGCAAGGGGUGAAAACCCUUUGAGCCAACCAGGAGCUCCAAAUAUGGCAGCUGCCUCUUCACCUGUUAAUUUGGCAGGAGUACCGCCUUCUUCCGAUUCAAGGAAGAAGAGAGGUAGGCCUAGGAAGUAUGGCUCUGAUGGUGCUGCUGCGGCCGCAUUGUCACCAAUGCCGAUUUCGGCUUCAAUUCCUCUGAGUGGAGAUUUUUCAGGUUGGAAACAACCUAGGGCAAGGCCUUUACAGACAAUUAAGAAGGCACAAAAAGUGGAGUUUGAGAGUUUAGGUGAUCGACUUGCGUAUUUCGUUGGCGCAAAUUUCACCCCUCAUGUGAUCACUGUAAAUGCCGGGGAGGAUGUCGCAAUGAAGGUUCUAUCGUUUUCUCAGCAGGAAUCCCGUGCUAUAUGCGUUCUUUCUGCAAGCGGUUCUAUUUCAAAUGUCACCCUUCGUCAAUCUAAUUCUUCUGGUGGCACUUUAACAUAUGAAGGUCGUUUUGAGAUACUUUCCUUGUCCGGAUCAUUUAUGCCUACUGACAACGGAAUAAUGAAGAGCAGAUCAGGAGGCAUGAGUGUCUCACUAGCAGGCCCUGAUGGGCGAGUCUUAGGUGGUGGACUUGCUGGUCUUCUCGUUGCUGCUAGCCCCGUGCAGGUGGUGCUGGGGAGUUUCUUACCAGGCCAUCAUCAAGAGCACAAGCCCAAAAAGCAGAGAGCUGAACCCGCAACCACCGCUGCCAUCCCGGCUAUCAUCAACAACCAAGUCCCUGAAGGAGGUUACGGGGGACAGAAGGUAAACUUCACAUCCCCACCCCCCUCAUUCCAUACCGACAACUUGCCUUCUAUGAACUCUAUGCAACUGGACCCGAUGGAUCUUGAAGCUGACAUUAAUGAAUCAACCCCUGAAGGGGGUUCUGAUGAUUUUGAUGAUGACGACAGUCCUUCAAAUCUGGAGAUUUCUGGCUGAUAAUCUGACCUUAGUUUUUUCUCACAUCUGUAUUUGUAUUUUCAAAUUUUAGUGGUCCACAGAUUUACCUAGGCUCUGCUCUUCUCACUUUGGGAAUCACAGUAUGUCAACAUGUAUCGUUACAAUUAGGUUUUUAGCUUCACAUUAGUUUCGGAUUUUUAACACAGGAUUUGCCGGUUUAUUAGGACUAGUCAGGAUUUUUAGUUUAGUUAGUACAGCUGAUGGUGCUGUUAAUUAUCUGGGUGUUUUGUCCCUCUUCUUGGGUUUCUUUAGAAACUACAGAUGUAUGUCAUGUAUGACAUGUAUUCCUCAUUCUUCUGUUCAACUUUUGUGGAAUUAAAAUCAUGCCUUUCAUAGCAAGAA